CAUUAAAUUGGGUAUAAUCUUGGUUGGUUAAGUUCUAUAUCUGACUCAUCUCAUCAGGGCUAGGCCUAAAUCUAAUUAAUUCAAUCCCUUGCUUGCUAAUACUUAUCUUUGUUCGUAUAUAUAACUGUUGCCGUAUACUAGUUAGAUGCCAUAUGAUACACGAAUACUAGAAAGGAAGGAAAGGAAUGCAUAAAGAAGGAAUUCUAAAGCAACAGUCAUGUCGGAUAUACGAGCAAAUGCAUCGGAAAGCUACCAAACAUUGUGAAUAUUUGGGGAUUUUUAUGGGUUGAAUCAUGAGAGUUUUGGUAUGAUGCUGAAUUGUUAGUGAAUUCCAAGGGUUAAUUUUGAUUUAUUUUCAGGCCUAUAUCUUCUGCCGAGAACCUAGCAUAUGUGUGCGGCCAAGAAAAACUUUUGUACCAAAAUGAGUUUUGUUGGUUUUGACCUUGGGAAUGAGAGCUGCGUGGUCGCUGUUGCAAGGCAAAGAGGAAUCGAUGUUGUACUCAAUGAUGAAUCCAAGGGCGAGACUCCCGCCAUCGUAUGCUUUGGUGAGAAACGGAGAUUCCUUGGGACAGCUGGAGCUGCAUCAAGUAUGACGAAUCCAAAGAACACUAUUUCUCAAAUAAAGCGUCUGAUUGGCCGCCAGUUCUCAGAUCCCGAGCUGCAACAAGAUCUCAAAGCACUGCCUUUUGCUGUUACCGAAGGCCCUGAUGGAUUCCCGUUGAUUCAUGCGUGGUAUUUGGGAGAGACAAGGACGUUUUCACCAACCCAAUUAUUGGCAAUGGUGCUCUCUGAUAUGAAGAGCACGGCAGAGAAAAAUUUAAAUGCUGCAGUUGUUGAUUGUUGUAUUGGGAUUCCUGUUUAUUUCACUGACCUUCAAAGAAGAGCUGUCUUGGAUGCGGCUACUAUUGCUGGUUUGCACCCUCUCCGAUUACUUCAUGAAACCACUGCUACUGCAUUGGCAUAUGGGAUUUACAAGACAGAUUUGCCAGAGAAUGGCCAACUGAAUGUCGCAUUUGUUGACAUUGGCCAUGCAAGUAUGCAGGUUUGCAUUGCUGGCUUCAAGGAAGGCCAGUUGAAGAUAUUGGCCCAUUCAUUCGACCGUUCUUUGGGUGGCAGAGAUUUUGAUGAAGCUUUAUUCCAAUAUUUUGCCGCAAAGUUCAAGGAAAAGUAUAAGAUUGACGUUUACCAGAACGCUAGGGCCUGUCUUCGGCUUCGCACUGCUUGUGAAAAGCUUAAGAGAGUUCUUAGUGCAAACACAGAGGCACCUUUGAAUAUAGAGUGCCUGAUGGAAGAGAAAGAUGUCACGGGCUUCAUUAAGAGAGAAAACUUCGAAAAAAUUAGCAUUCCGAUUUUGGAACGCGUGAGGAAGCCUCUGGAGAAGGCUCUCUCAGAAGCUGGCCUGAGAGUUGAGAAUAUCCAUUCAGUUGAGGUUGUUGGUUCAGGCUCUCGUGUUCCUGCCAUUAUCAGGAUAUUGACAAAGUUCUUCCGGAAGGAACCUAGGUGUACAAUGAAUUCAAGUGAGUGUGUAGCCAAAGGCUGUGCUUUAGAGUGUGCAAUCCUCAGUUCCACAUUUGAAAUUCAGAAAUUCCAGGUCAAUGAGAGUUUCCCAUUUCCCAUUGCUUUUUCUUGGAAAGGCGCCUCUCCUGAUGCUCAGAAUGGAGUUUCAGAUGAUCAGAUAAGCGCUAUCGGUUUCCCAAAGGGGGAUGACAUACCGGGCAUGAAGACUUUGACACUUUACAGAUCAGGAACCUUUACUGUUGAUGUUCAAUAUGCUGAUGUGAGCGAAUUACAGGCAACAGCAAAGAUUAGCUCAUAUACGAUUGGCCCUUUUCAAUCCACACAGAGUGAACGGGUAAAACUGAAUGUGAAAGUUCGCCUAAAUCUGCAUGGCAUUGUGUCGAUUGAGUCGGCAACAACUUAUGAAGAGGCUAAUAAGGCAAAGAAGACAAAUAUUCCUGUGGUCGAGCAUAUUUAUGGAGGAAUGUGCCCUGCAGAUGUGCAAAAAGCGAUUGAGGAAGAGUUUGAAAUGGCUUUUCAAGAUCGAAUUAUGGAAGAAACACUAGAUAAGAAGAAUGCCGUGGAGGCCUAUGUCUAUGAUAUGAGAAACAAGCUUCAUGGCAUAUAUCAAGAGUUUGUUACAGAUCCAGAGAGGAAAGGCCUUACUGCUGAACUCCAGGAGGUGGAAAAUUGGUUGUAUGAGGAUGGUGCGAACAAGGCUAAAGGCGUCUAUGUUGCCAUACUUGAGGAGCUGAAAAAGCAAGGCGAUGCCAUUGAGGAGCGUUACAAGAAGUACGUAGAGAAUUGUAACUUUCUAGAGGGCCAGGAGGGAGUCGACACUGGGACUGUUGAACGGGUUGCUGAAUCUCAUGCUCCGAGUGUGGAGCCUUCUACCUCUCAAUUGGAGGUUCCUCGCAGGGGUCUACCUCGCGAUUUGCGAGAGGGUGAUUAUUUGGUUUUGCGUUAUCCGGAUGGGUCCGCCGGCAUAAGACUAUGGGCGCAAGAGGAGAUAAGGUUAACUCCUAGAACUUUGUUUGCUGAGGUUCGAGAGGAGCAUAAAGCCAUACUGUCAAACAUCUUUGAACUGUGGCCAAGUACUUUUGUUCGUCUUGUUGGUGCGAGCUCGAUUUCUAGGAAGCUUGCCUUGGACUCCCUGGUAUCUUUCGUGGAGGCGUUGGAGAAUAUGAGUUUGCCUCAAGCUACACCAGGAGAUUUUGAUUCUGCUCGCAAUGGUUUGCAGGCGUUGACGCAUUUUAAAUUGGAAGUUGGUUGGCUUCGUAAGAGGUUGGACCGUAUGGCUUCGCUACUUGAGCUCCCGGUUGCACGGGACCAGUUGGAGAAGGUGGGCAAGGAAAUAGAAGAGAUGGAGGAGGUGGUGAGGCGAUUGAAAGACAAGAAGGAAGGACUUGUGCAGCGCGUAUCCGAGCUUGAGAGUGCCAGUUCGGGGGGGUUUGACAUGUCUAGUCACGCGGGGCAGGGUUUGAGAGGGUGAGGGAGUGCGUUGUACUUGGGCGGUUCACCCUUUUGGUUUAUGCUCAUCUCCCUUGUUUUAUUUCGGGUAGCUGUGUUAUAUGUUGGGUACAUACAAUAUGUACAUAUAGAUUUUGUGGGGCCCAAUUCGGGUCCCACAAAGAUGAUCCGAACCGCUCAUUAUUUUUAAAACAUCUUUUUAUGAAGUCUUGUAAAAAAUCAGCUCAAUCCGAUAUCAUUAAGAAUUUUUUCUGAAUUUGUAAGGGCGAAACUAAGCAGUUAAGUAGUUUCGCCUCCACAAAUUAAGAAAAAAUCCUUACCAAUAUCGGGUUGUGCUGAUUUUUUACAGGGCUCCAUAAAAAAAUGUUUGAAAAAUAAUGGGUGGUUUGAAUCAUCUUUGUGGGACCCGAGGUGGGCCCCACAAAACUGAUAUGAACAUAAUAUGUACAUUUCAUAUGUACCCCUAGCAUUUUUGGUGUUAUAUGGAUGCUAGCAGGAGCAGUAGCAGUAGUAGUAGGCUUCAUGUGUAAUGGAUUCUAAAUAGUGAAAGGCGUAGGAGAAAUGUCACAUGUUCCUGGAAGUCAAGCGCAGUGCUCUGCGUUUUGAUCGAGAUUUUUAUUCGGAUGUUCAUCUCGAAUCAAAAUUAUGUAUUUUUGAGUGUUUUGGUAGUUCGCCUUCCUAGCUACUUCCAUCUUCCUUGUAAUGAUCUUUAAGUAAUGAAUGCAUGGAGUAUCUUUAUGUUGCCC